UGGUUGAGAUGACAAAGCGAUCGCAGCGCCCUCGCCCCGGUGCGCCUGCGCAGAAGCUUCUAGGCUCUAGGAGAGAGAGUGACGUCGUGACGUCAAUGAGCAAAGUAAAACAUACGUGUCCCAAUACGCUGUGCCGAAGAAACAUUCUAGCGAGGACGCUGGUGCUCGUCGCAUCCCCUUUUCGCAGAGAAGCCCAAGCUUUGUUUUGAAGGACACCAGACCAAAUUCUCCGUUCUCAUCAUGGCACCGACCGUGACGUCUUUCAUGAAUUCUCUCGGAACGAAUGUCGAAGAGCCUGUUAGGCAGCAUCUGCGCAAUGUUUAUGCAUGCCUCACCAUGUCGACCAUCUCAGCUGCUGUUGGCGCAUAUGUCCACAUGUUCACCCAAUGGAUGUCAGGUGGUCUUCUGACUGUCUUGGCUUCAACUGGACUCAUUCUACUUCUUUUAGCCACCCCUGACACUGGUAAAAAUCGCCAGCUUCGCCUUUCAUACCUGCUGGGAUCUGCCUUCUUCACAGGAAUGGGCAUGGGACCUCUACUUGACAUGGUGGUUCGAGUUGAUCCUAGCAUCAUUGUUACGGCUUUCCUGAGCACUGCUGCAGUGUUUGUGUCAUUCUCUGCUUCGGCACUUCUGGCUACCCGUGGAUCAUGGCUGUACUUGGGAGGAACCCUGAUGUCUCUCUUAAGCUCCAUGUUCCUGUUUUCUCUGAUGAAUAUCUUCUUCCAAUCUUAUCUUCUUUACCAGGCUCACUGUUACCUUGGCCUGCUCCUCAUGUGUGGCUUUGUCUUGUAUGACACUCAACUCAUCAUGGAGAAGAGACGUAUGGGUGACAAAGACUUUGUUACUCACUCUUUGGAUCUCUUCAUUGACCUGGUUGGAAUUUUCCGUCGUUUAGUCGUCAUUUUGACUGAGAGAGAGCAGCAGAGGAAAAAUAGGAGGGAUUGAUUCAGAAAUGGAGAAGAGCGGUGACUACUAUGUGUGUGCCAAUUGCAGAUAUGUACCUGCAUACCAAAUUUUGCAAAUUUGCGCUGUGUAUCUUAAUGUGUUAAAUUUGGUUUGACCCCAAAUGUAUUGGCACAUUGUCACAUGCAUACAUUUAAAGUUCCUAAAUCAGGUUGUACAUGAUAAAACAAAUAUUUCUGUAUUGCUUGAUUUAUAAACUUAAAAAAAUUAAUUGGUGGGAAGUAAGAAAACAUCCAUAUGACCCUCAAUGGAGCUCCAGUAUUUAUGUUGCUUGUUUUAAGAAUGGGCGAGUGCUAAUACUUUGGCGGAUGGUUUGCUUGUUUAACUAUUUUGUUCCUUCUGGUUGCUCAACGUUACAGUUAGAGCUGUAGAAAAUAUUGAUAUACUACAUCAUGCAGAGAUAUUGUGUGUGCAAGAAAGUCAAAGCUGAGACUGAGAAUUAUGCCUUCAUAACUUUCACUUCUUUCUACACUGGGCAUGUUGUGUCAAUUGGUCAAGCUUCCUUUUGUGUUUGGUUUUAAUUUCUGAGGCUCUACUUUUAUUUUGGUGAGAACUUGACCUAACAUUGAGCUGGUUCUUCUUCAAUUUUGUGUAGCUCAAAUGUGUGUUAAAUGUUUUGGCCCUCACAAAGCCUUAGUAGUGAGGAAACUAGACCACUGAUUUUGUGGCACAUAUAAUCUGUACUCUUAUUUCAACUUCAUUGUGAUUUUCUAUACAUUUAAUUUGUUCAGGUUUCUAUUCCCCACUUGAUUGAUUAUGUGUUUUGAUGUUGAAAUCAUUCCUGUACCUACAUUGUUUUUUUUUUCCUCCUGGUUUUGAGUAGCUUGUGUGUCUGUGGCUUGUACUGUUAUAACCACAACUCAUUGGUUAAGAAUUUAAGCACCUCAAGAACAAUAAUGUAGUACUUCAAAGGUCUUUUGGUUUUAGAUGUGUUGAUUUUUUUUUUUUGGACUUAAGUUACCUGCUCAUAACAAGGAUUGCAUUUGUCAGAAGAUAUUUUAUUUUUCUAAAGGUCGUGAGUGCUUUGGUUAGAUACAAGAUAACUUUGCCUUACAACUGUGGAAAACUGGCGAAUCUACUUUUUUUACUGUUGCCCAAGGAAAAGUGAAGUUUCCUUUUGUGUGCUGUUCCAUUUAAGUAGGGUAUUGUAAUUUGCUAGCACUCAAGUUUCAAUUGGUGACGUAGUGUUUUCUUGUACUGCAUCAUUGUUAGUGCUGUGUUAUUGAAGAGAAUUUUUUAAAUAUGACCGUUAUCUGGUAUUCAAUGAAAGUCCACUUUUGUGUGUUGAUUAAACUAGUAAAUGGA